GCUGGCUAUACACAAAACACCCCUAAUACAUAUCUGAUUUCACUGUGACAGCUCUAUUUGUACCAUUUAGCAUGACACAGAGCGAAACUCUCACCCCUUGAACAGUCGAAUGCUUCGCAUUACGAGAAAGACCGUUCAUUGGUUGGAGGCCAUCCUCGGCUACCAAUAGCGCCGCGAAAGGCGGGGCAGGUUAUCAUUAUUGCAGGCAGUUAUCACUCACAGCUUUAUUUCGUCUUUCACGAACUCUGGUGAUGGUUAAAGACUGAUUGUGAAGUUAGGGAAAGAAUUAUCCACGCUGGCUUCUUUGGAGAAGCGUGAUAGUGACUUGGAUUGGUGCGAGGAAGAUUUUACCGAAGAAGAUAUCAAGAUGGUAGAGACUUCGCAACAGAAAAACAAUGUUUUGGUGCCGCCGCAUUUUUUGGGAAACGUUUUCCUAGGUGAAGGUUUUAAACCAGUGUUCAACAGUAAGUUGAGGGAGGCGUCAGUGGGACCGUCUACUUCUAGUAGUAGUAGUAGUUCGUUAUUCACGAUUGAUAGCAUCCUAGCUCCCAGACCGAAACAGAUGACUUCCCUACAACGGCCGCUUGUGAUGCAGCAACCGUCAGUUCACUUCGGUCAUCUUACUGCUGCCAGUGGAUUUGGCACUGCUCCAACCGAUUUCUUAGCCAUGGCGUACCCAGGUCUGUAUCCAGGCUACGUUCACGCACUGGCAGCAGCAACCCAGGCGGCUUCUUUAUCCGGCAAUGCUCAUCACCACUCACAACAUCAGCCUCCCAAAAGGAAAAGGAGACAUCGAACGAUUUUCAGCGAAGAACAACUAGAACAACUUGAAGCUACUUUCGAACAGACCCAUUACCCGGACGUUGUUCUCAGGGAACAGCUAGCAAUGAAAGUAGAUCUUAAGGAAGAGAGAGUCGAG